AUGUCCCUCUCCUCUACAUCUACUGCACGCUGCUGCGCGCGGGCACUACGCAACUCUUCAAGACCAAGACCACCAUGUCCCGCCUCUUCAGUGGCCUCACAACGCCAACGAAGAGUGCCAUCGCGGCGUUGGGAAUCCACAGCAGCAGCAGCAUCUACGAAUCCUAAGGUGUCUUCCAUAGUCGACCAAAUAAGUCAAUUGACUUUACUGGAGACUGCAGAUCUCGUUUCCAACCUCAAGUCUCGCCUCAACAUCCCCGACAUGCCCAUGGGUGGGUUCUCCGCCGCUGCAGCGCCUGCAGCCGCUGCACCCGUCGAAGAAGAAGAAGCCGCCCCAGCAGCGCAAGAAAAGACCCUGUUCGCCCUCACACUCAAGUCGUUCGAUGCGGCGGCAAAGCCGAAAGUUAUCAAAGAGAUCAAGAGCAUGCUGGGCCUGAGUUUGGUGGAUAGUAAGAAAUUUGUGGAGAGUGCGCCGAAGCAGAUGAAGGAGGGAGUACCGAAGGACGAGUCGGAGAAGAUCAUUGAGACGAUGAAAGGCCUCGGGGCUGUGGUUACUAUGGAUUGA